CCGCCCCCGCCCUCGCCUAAACCCUAAAACCCCAAAUCGCUCUCUCCAUUUCCCGCCGCCUCCCCUCGCGCGAUCCAUCCAUUUCUCUCAGCUCUCGCGCUCCUCUGCUCUCCGGGCUCCGGCACUCUGCCGAUCCGCCACAGAUCGCUCUUAUCUUUCUCUAGCUGUAGCUGUAGCGUAGCUGCACAUGGAGAUCGAUUCCGUCUCCUCCCCGGUGGACAAGGUGGAUCCCGACGAGAGCAACGGCUCCAAAGCCUGCGCUGACUGCCACACCACCAAGACUCCGCUCUGGCGCGGAGGACCCGGAGGACCCAAGUCUCUGUGCAACGCGUGCGGGAUCCGGUAUCGGAAGAGGCGGCGGGCGGCGCUCGGCCUGGACGCUGCUGCCACCGACGGCGCGGAGCAGAAGAAGAAGGCCAAGAAGGAAAAGGCGGAGGAAGAGGACGAGGUCACCGUGGAGCUCCACAUGGUGGGCUUCCGCAGCAAGGACGCCGCUGUGCUCAAGCAGCGGCGCCGGAUGCGCCGCAGGAAAUGCCUCCGCGAGGAGGAGAGGGCGGCAAUCCUGCUCAUGGCCCUCUCCUCGGGCGUCAUCUACGCCUGAGCCUCAGGCCAUGACAAGAUUCCUUCUUUUUUUUUUUCCGCCGGCGCUAUGGCAAUCAAAUCGAAGCUAAUAAUACUACUGUCUUGUGGUGUGCUCUGCCUGUACUAGGCUAGCUCUAGCUGGUUGUUCUUGUUCCUGCCUUAGCUGUAACGUCUGUGUGAUCCGACUUUGUCUCCGUCUCAUGUACUUGUAGUAGCAGUAAGUAGUUUACCGCCGCCUAACAAUCAAGUUUGGUUUCUCUGAAAUGUAACAAGAGAAGAAGUUGAAAGAGCUGGAGCUUGAGCUUGGGCUUGGCUUAUGAUCAAUCAUCCAUCCUGCCUACGCUGGUUGUUGUUGGUUGUACAGAUGAUGGUGUGCCUGCCUGCAUUCCCUUGUUUCUUGCCUUGGUCAACUCACAGGUCAAAGGGAAAGUUUCUUUGCUGCUGCAGGGUGACUGACAAUCAGGGUCCUUGGGUGCUUAUUU